CAUUGGCGUUGCCAGAUUACUCGUUUCACUCCAGCGCUAGCCGGCACAGAAAAACUAACAAAUUGGUCAAAAACAUAAAUAAUAUUUUAAUAAUAUGGCUGGCGAUGGUGAAAGCAGUAAUACCGAUGGCGCAAAUGAUCACAUUGAUCUUUCGGUGUACCGAAAACUAGUUCGACAGUUUAUUGACAUGCGCCGUUAUUCGUCAGCUUUGUUUUGGGCCGAAAAGGUAUCUGUUUUAAGCGGCCAUGAGCCACGGGACGUCUACUACCAGGCACAAUGCAUGUUUUUGCUUGGCGAGUUCCAUCGUGCGGCCCAUACAAUCCAACACUACAAGCUAGAGAAGUCCUCGCUGCCAUGCUUCAAUCUACUGCUGGAAAGUCUCUAUGCGGCCAAGCAAUAUAAUGAGGCAGCAAACAUCAUACAAGUCGUUGAGGUUGAGACUAUGACCACAUCUGUGAUUAAUCAGCCUAUGGAUACAGCCAGCGGAGUCUAUUUCGAAAGCAACAGCGUUUUUGGAGGUGAAGAAAACAAUCGAAACGAAUUGCUGGCUUCUAUAUUCCUGGUCAAGGGAAAAGUAUUUGAAGCAUUGGACAAUCGCGGAAUGGCCAUGGAUUUCUAUGUACAGGCUCUACACAAAUCUAUAUAUUGCUUUGAGGCACUUGAAGCGUUAGUGCAGCACGAAAUGCUCAUGGCUUGGGAGGAAUUUGAGCUGAUGCAUCAUUUGCCACUCGCUCAACAAUCCAGCGAAGCUGAUGCCAAGUUCAUCCUCAAACUGUACGAGUCUAGAUUGAAAAAGUACUAUGAGCUUAUAUCAGCGCGUAACGCAGAAGAAAUCUCGCCGAUUGUAAAUCCGGACGUACUCAAGUAUAUUAAGGAGUUUACGGCAAGAGUGCAGCAAACCUGUUCAACGGAUACACAGGUGCCCAAGCCCUCGGUGUCCAAGGUGCCAAUGGCAUCAAGCCAGUUUAUGUCUCCCGCACAGAAAGUGUUGGACGAUCUGAAAGCACCAACCUUUUCUCUACAAACAAGCCUGUCACGCGCUUCAUCUAUGAUUGAUACUACGCACCGCUCGCUCUUUGAUGCAUCCAAUCGUCGAGGCUCGCGCGAACAUGAGAGUGACAGUUUAAUGCCGCUUAACGAUUGCUUGAGUCGAGUGCAGCGCAGCACAGAUCUCCUAGCCGCUGAGGCUGAAAAAUGUUUUUAUGACUGUGACUACAAGCAGUGCCUGAAAAUACUCAGCAGCUUGUUGAAGGUUGAUCCAUUUCACAAUAACGCACUGACCAUACAAAUUGCUUGUCUUGUGGAAAAUGGAGAUUUCAAUAAGCUGUUCUAUGUUGCCCACAAGUUGGUCGAUCGGUACCCGGAUAAGGCCAUUUCCUGGUAUGCUGUCGGUUGCUACUAUGACAUGAUAGGCAAGAGUGAUCCAGCACGUCGUUACUUGUCAAAGGCCACAUCCCUGGAUCGCCUCUAUGGCCCCGCUUGGCUGGCUUAUGGACACUCCUUUGCCAACGAGAACGAGCACGAGCAGGCAAUGGCUGCUUACUUCAAGGCCACCCAGCUUAUGCGCGGCUGUCAUUUGCCUCUACUUUACAUUGGAGUGGAGUGUGGACUUACCAAAAACCUGGAAUUGGCUGAGAAGUUCUUUUUACAAGCCAUGACAAUUGCGCCCAUGGAUGUUUAUGUGCUGCAUGAGCUGGGCGUGAUUAAAUACGAGUACGAGUACUUCGAUGGGGCGGCCACAAUAUUUCAAUGUACCGUGGACAUUGUUAGGCAACGUGCCAAAGCCAAUAAUGAGGAGGUGUCGGCGCGCUGGGAGCCGCUUUUUAUAAAUCUGGGUCACUCCUAUCGUAAAAUACAAAAGUUCGAGGAUGCGCUAUACAAUUUUCAAUUCGCGCUUUUGCUAAAACCCCAAAGCGGCAACACAUACACUGCUAUUGGCUUUAUACACGCUCUACUGGGAAACUUGGAUGAGGCUAUUGAGUAUUUCCACAAGAGUUUAGCCCUGAAUCGCGAUUGUAUUGUCACGUCCACAAUAUUGAAGGAUUGUAUUGAGGACUUGAUGGAUGAUCCCACCACCAUCGAUGAGAUUUGCCGCAAGGCACUGAAAGAUGUAAAUGAAUACACAACGCCGAGCAGCCGACGCGUAAUAAAUACGGAUAAAUUGGGUGGUAUUAAAAUGAAUUUGAAAUUCGAUGAGGAGGAAGAGUUUUCAAAUUCAGACUCAAACAUGGUUGUGGAAAUGAGCUUCGAUCCAUAGAGAAUCAGCUGCAAACAGCACACACAAUAAAACCAACGAAAAGUUCAACAAUUUGAGUUUUACCAAUAUAUGUUCUGUCGCUGACUCAUUAAAUAUUCUCAAUGUACUAAUACAACAAUUUGACGAUGACGGCUGUCAUCUGCACUUGAACCCAAUUUAUGCACUCGGCUUACACAGCUGUUCCAGCUAAUGAACCAAAAAGAACAUGGGAUUUUUUAUGAUGUUUUCCCCAUAUUUAUUUGAAGCCGCCGCCGUUUUGAGCUGUAUGUGCAUUGUACAAAGUAUUUAAGCAUGCGAAUUGAUCCAUAUCACGAUCAUUUUAUUAUUGUCAGUGUCUAAAAUUCAUUUGAUAUCCUAUAAAUUAAGAAGUUCAAU